GAUCAUCCCCCAUGGUGGCGGCGGCGGAGGGGUGCGCGUAUUCUUAGAAGGGGAGUAACGGCGGCGGCGGCGGCGGAAGAGGAAGAAGCGCGUCGGCGGCAGCGGCGGUGGCGGUAGAGUGAGACGGGCAACAGGCAUGCCGUCCGUUCAGUCUGAUACCCACCGUCAUCCGGCGAGCAUUUCGCGUGCGCGCGUUCGCCGAUUGUCGAUAUAUUAUUCGUUAUAAUCGUUGAUUCGAAUGGUUUAUUAUUUACGUGUUUUCGCGACGGUAUAACAUUGUUGUUGUUUGUAUUCGCGUCCGUUUACGGCCGUCGGGUUUGUUUAUUUUUUUUUUUAACCGGCUCAUCCACUGUACAUCAUGUUUUCGCCUACUCCGUCGCCGAUUUCUCGGACCGUAACCUACAGAAAGAUAACAAAACCGUUAUUGGAACGAAAACGACGUGCUCGCAUCAAUCGGUGCUUGGACGAAUUGAAGGAUCUAAUGUUUUCUGCUUUAGAGGCUGAAGGUGAAAAUGUUGAUAAACUCGAAAAGGCAGAUAUUUUGGAAUUUACUGUCAAACAUCUGCAAAAAAUUACUAGAAGAGAUCCCGUAGAAGAAGCUUAUAAAUUUCAAGAAGGAUUCAGCCACUGUGCCAGCGAAGCGUGCAGUUUCCUGUUGUCGCUGCCCGGCCUGGACUCGGUGGUCGGCCGACGGUUGGUCGAGUACCUGGCCAAAUCGGUGUCGCGCGCGCUCGAAUCUCAACUGCCGGCCGCCGCAGCAGCCGCCACCGCAGCCGCAGCCGCGGCGAUGGCCGCCACUGACAAGCGGCCGGUCGCCAUCACCGCGAGCGACGACCGGACGCCGCCGCAGCAGCCCGACAACGCGCCGCCGACGCCGCCACCGUCGGCCGCGACCUCGACGGUGUUCGCGCCUCCGUGCCAGACGGCCGGCCACACCGCCACGGCUGCAGACACCGCGGCCGCCGGCACCGCCGUCCACUUCGCGGCCAUCGCCGCCGCCUCGCCGACGCUGAAACCCGUGGCCCUGAACGCGUCCAACCGGGGCCCGCCGCAGCACAUGGUCGUCAGGCCAAAACCCACUAGGCCCGCGUUCGGCCGGUCGCCGCCGAUUCUGCAGCAAGACGCCGCGGCCGCAGCAGCCGCCGCGGUCGCUGCACUACGCGACCCCAUGUGGCGGCCGUGGUGAUAUCGACGCACCGGCGCCGCCAACGAUUCAGUGGCGACGACUGCCUAUAUACAUAAAGUGCAGAAGCUAAUGCAAAUCGUCAGCCGUUGUUUAUACCUAUAUUUAACGUUAUAUGAUAUUAUAAUUUAUACUGUUCUGUAAACAUCGUGUAAAUGUGUGUGUUUGGGGGGGGGGGGAGAGGGGAAUACACCGCGUACGUGCACUCGAACAUUUAUAUGUUUUUUUUUUUUUUUGGAUUCGGGUGGGAAGCGGGUGACUUGGGAUCUCACGAGUUACCCCCCCCCCCCUCAAAUAUCCAAUAACCACCUACGUGUUAGAGCCGCAACAGUGCUUACGAGUUUCGUGGUUUUUCGUUUAUUCGUUAUUAUAUAUUGUUUCGUGUCUCUCGACAAUCACAUAUAUUAUAAUUAUAUAAUAUUAUUGUACAAUAAGUCUGUCGCAACAACUGUUUUCGAGUCUACUCGGGGAUAACGUUUCACUAACUUUUUUUGAUUUUUAAGAAUUUUUUUUUUUUUUAUCUGGGGGGUGGGAGAAUUUGUUAAAAGUACGAAGUAUAUAUAUUAUGUCGUUUGAUUUGGCGCGAUAUCAUUCGGUAAUUUAUUAUGUUUUUAGCUUUUGUAAAUAUAGACAUUAUUUAUUAUUUUUAUUAUCACUACUAUUAUUUUAAGUUUUAUUAUUAUAUUAUUAUUAUUAUUAUAAUUAUUUUAUGAGUACCAUUAUACGUUAUUGAAACGUAUAUAUUAUAAUAUUAUGCUUGAUUUUAUUUUAUGUUAUUAAUAUUAUUGUAUUGUGUUCACGAGUGUUUGUAUAAUAUGUACGUGUCGGUUUCGAUCCGGUUGUGUAUAGUAUAAUAUAUCAACAGCCUAUACUCGAUAAUAGAAAA